AUGCCUACUAUAGAGCUACCGAUCCGGUCUGCCAUGGUCGCUUCAGACGGCACAGCUCAACAGAAACCCGCUCUGUCAACUCUCCCUACCGAAAUCAAGAACGAAAUAUUCUCGUACCUCUUGCUCGGCAAAAACGUCAAAUAUUCUACAGGUGGCACAGCUCCAGGACAUAGCUAUACUUUUCACGUCAGCAUCACGCGCACCAACAAGAAAUUGCAUAAGGAAGCCAACGAUUAUCUGCGCUCACACAACGAGUUUGCUCUGAUUCACCUGAGGUAUCCGCGCCUUCUCAGUGGCUUCUCUCCAUACAUUGCAGUUGGAAAGAAGGUCAAGAACUUUCAAAAGCCUGCUAUUGAGAUCACUGUGGAAGAUUUGGAACCCAAAGCUCAGUGGCCUUACCAUGAGCCUGAAUUUGGCCGUCCUUCGGAUAGAGUAUACGUACAGCGUGUGCUUUUUCUCUCCCAAGAUCUACCUCACUACACUCGACAAAUCCAACUAGAGAUCCACGUCUGGCCCUCCUUGCAGAUCUAUGUUCAUCCAUCUCGUGGUUCGCGUCCGCUGCAGUACACCCCAGCGGUCGUAAAGAAUGACCGCAAGAUCGCCUGGAAGAUCAAUCCUAGUCACCGUACAGAUCUCACCCGUGAAGAAUGCCGUGCACGUCAAGAACGACUAAUCGCUCCAAUGGCGGCCGUUAUUGGUCACGGUCAAGCCGUUCGUUUCCCUGGAGUCGACGCCGAUAUUGCUGAUCGAGCUAUCCGAUUCAUGACCCCUCGUAUUGUCUCCGUCGAUGCCGUUGGAUGGAAUCUCCUCGAACAGAUGCGGGCUCAGAAACGCCAUCUGGACAAUGUCUUGGUUCAUGGCUUUGGAGAGCCUCACGACCUUUGCAAGGCUUAUGUCAUGGUGGCUCAAUUGGCACAUGAGGCGCGUGCAUGGACUCCUUGCUCACCUCAGUAUAACACUGCGCUCCUUCUUCACACUCCUUACAGCGGCAUAGCACAAUCGCGAUCUCAUCCGUUGUCCUUGAUGUCGUUCAGAAACCAUGCCGAAGUCAGCUCUCCAAGCGACGUCUGGCUACAUGGUGUCGCUACAAUCGGUCUCGAAUGUCUUCUCAACGCUAUGAGCCUUGCUCUCGACACUGGAAAUUUCAACCCUCUGCUGAACACAGAUGCGGCCAGUAUCGUAUGGCGCAUGAGUACCCAGGCUUGGUGCUUCAAGCCGUUGCGAGAAGAGCUUCUGGACAUGGCCCAUCAUUACGAAGCAUGGUCUGAGGUGUUCUCAGAUCUCACACAAGACUUCAUGGACCAAAAUCACUUAGAAGUUGCCAUCAGUGAUCUGGAGCAUGGUGUAUCACACGGCCGCACAAAUGAGUAUGUUCAAGACGACAUCAAAUGCUUGAAGGAAAUCAUGAGGACCGAGCAGUUACCCAAAGACAUGUACAAAGACUUUGCCCCUGGACUCAGACGCCGCAAACGUCUCUUCACCGAACCACUGAAUCUCGUCCGUCCAAAAGAUCUCCAUGGCUGGACCUCAGACGCCAUUGACAAUAUGGAUCCCAAACUCAGAAGCAGUAUCAUCAAGCACUCGAACGCUGCAAUCAAGAACAAGAAGCCUGUCCCCGUUGAGACAACCAGAUCUGAAGGACAUGUGAUGUUGAGAAUCAUCAAUGGUACACCCUGGACGAAUCCGGAAGCAGCUCGAUGA